AAAAUGGUCGGAAAUGUUAAAUAAUUGUCUUAGGUAAACUAUAGUAACUUCAGGAUUUAUUUCAGAAUUACAUUAUUUUAUACGUACCAGAGUUUCAAAAAUUCUUGAGGGCAAGAAGGUUCUUUUUAUAUUUGGUUUCAUUAGCAAUGGGUAAACCUAGUGGACUUCGCACUGCUCGUAAACAUGUCACUCAUCGCCGUGACCAACGAUGGCAUGAUAAAGAUUACAAGAAAGCCCAUUUAGGAACUAGAUGGAAGGCUAAUCCCUUUGGAGGAGCAUCACAUGCCAAAGGGAUUGUUCUAGAAAAAGUUGGCGUAGAAGCCAAACAACCAAACUCUGCUAUCAGAAAAUGUGUUAGAGUUCAGUUAAUCAAAAAUGGAAAAAAAAUCACUGCAUUUGUUCCCAAUGAUGGCUGCCUAAAUUAUAUUGAGGAAAAUGAUGAAGUGUUAGUGGCAGGAUUUGGUAGGAAAGGUCAUGCUGUUGGUGAUAUCCCAGGCGUGAGGUUCAAGGUUGUCAAAGUGGCAAAUGUGUCAUUGUUAGCUCUGUACAAAGAGAAGAAAGAACGACCUAGAUCAUAACGAUAUGCUGACUGUACAAGUUUAACUUUCCAAAUAAAAAACGCUUGUGUUCA